AAUCUAUCAUCAGAAUUUUGCAUAUAAAAUCAGAAUGCUAUACUACUGCCUGAAAAUAUUUCAGAAUUCAAGUUUGAAUCCCUUAUGAGAAUAUGUCAUGUUGCUUGCUUUUUAAAACAGUUUUCUGGUUUCUUCCUAGUCUCUUAGAUAUUCUGUUUCAAAUUGUGGAUUGAACCAACUCUUACCUGGUUUUAUUGAGAAGGAGAAAAAAAUACUUGUACAUUGAAAUUUACCAGUAGUUUGACCACAGAAGAGAUCAUCUACAACAGUGUAAAUGAGUCAGAAUGGAUCAGGAAGGUGGGGGUGACUUCCAGAAAACCCCUAACUUCCAGUGGAGAAACUACAAGCUCAUUGUUGAUCCUAUGCUUAAGGAUGGCCCACACAAAAUCUACCGCUAUGACGGAGUGCAUUUCAGCACUAAUGAUUCAGGUCACACUCCUGUAAAAGUUGUGCAGGAUCCAAGACAUAGGAAAUGGUCCAAAACCAGAGAUCUUUCUCUCCCUGUCCCAAAGUUUAAGCUAGAUGAGUACUAUGUGGGCCAGAUCCCUCUGAAGGAGGUGACUUUUGCCCGGCUCAAUGAUAACAUCAAGGAAUCCUUUCUGUGUGAGAUGUGCAAAAAGUAUGGCGACAUUGAGGAGAUUGAGAUUCUGUAUAAUCCAAAAAAUGGCAAGCACCUGGGUCUGGCCAAGGUGCUUUUCACCAGCACAAGGGGGGCGAAGGAGACAGUCAAGAACCUGCACAACACUUCAGUCAUGGGCAACAUCAUCCAUGCCCAGCUUGACAUCAAAGGCCCCGCCACAGCCGGCUCCAUGGCUGUUCGCUGCUCUUGCAGCACCUGUGUAGCACACUCAAAUUUACCGCACUUCACUCCAUCCCCUUCUCCUCCUCCUGGAGCCCAUUACAAUGCGGCAUCUCAGCAGUCUUCAGGUGAAGACAUGGAAAUUUCUGAAGAUGAAGCCGAAGCUGAGCCUCCAACUUCUGUGGCCGGGGUGUCCGACCCACAUUUUUCUGUGAUGCCAUCAGUUCUGGGCCACAUGCAAUUGGGGGUGUCUUCCUUUACUUCCCACCAUCAUCCAGAACCAUCGCCCUCUUAUCCAAUCCAGCCUCUCAUGUCCGUCUCUGUUCCUCACCUGGCGGGUAAAACCCAUUCACUCUCUAAUUUUGGCCAAGUCGGUCCCCGGCAUGGUCAUUGCCUGUCUGAUUUCAGAGGACGAGCAAAUGUGGUGGGUGGAGGCCGUGGUGCUCCCCACAUCUAUGACUUUGUGAACUCCAUGGAGCUCAUGAACCGGCUUGGCAACCAGUGGGGUGGGAUGCCCAUGUCUUUCCAGAUGCAAACCCAGAUGCUGAGUCGCCUUCAGCAGCUGCAUCAAAACAAAGGCCAGUAUGAGGAUCCUUUCUCUUACCACCGGGACACGGCCUCUUUCUGUGGUUGUCCUCUGUACAGUGUUGGGUACUUACUGGAGCAGAGCAGUCACCACUUCCAGCGAGACCAGCUUUUCAUGCAACAGCCAUCAGCAGUUGGGACCUCAGAGCAGCAGCAACAACAUUAUUCCUCAGAGCAGCCACCUCUGCCCCCUCCACAGAGGCUCCUUGAUUUCCGGACAGCUUCAUGGGGAUAUCAGGAAGAGGUGGCUCUGCUCCCACUGCUUCCUGAAGAUCCACAUGCCUCUGUAGUGGACAGUGUCCUUGCAACCCUCAUGCAGGAGAUGAAGAGCAUCAUGCAGCGAGACCUCAAUCGCAAGAUGGUUGAGAAUGUGGCAUUCAGCACCUUUGACAAGUGGUGGGAGUGCAAAGAGGAAAAGGCCAAGCCUUUCCAGAACACUGUUAAACAGCUAGCCAAGGAAGAGGAGAAGGACAAAACCAAACGGAAAGAUCCUGCCCUUCUGUCUCUAGGGGACUGGGCCAAGAGUGGUAGGACCGGUGGCCUGGAGGGCUUUGCCUUUGGGACUGGCUUUCGAGGAGUCCUCAGGCUUCCCUCCUUCAAGGUGAAAAGGAAAGAACCCUCUGAAAUCUCAGAGUGCAGCGAAGUGAAACAGCCCCGCCCUUCUACUCCUGCUGAAGAGGAUGAGGAAGAUAAAAAAUCCUUACAGAUACCCAAGACCUCCAAGAGGGACGAUGAAAGGAUCAAAGGUCCAGGAAAGCGGCGAAAACUUUUUUGUCUGGACAGUGAAGGAGAGGAGGCAUCUGAGGACUCCUUCUCAGAGAAGGAGGAAGAGGAAGAGCGGCGCGAAAAUGAACAAGUUGCCAGAGGACGCAGCAGAAAGAGGGAACCACCUGAAGAUCUUGAUAGUGAUGGUUCAUCAACGUAUUCACCUUAUGAGGAGUCUGAUGAGGACAGUGACAGUACUUCUGAUUCUGAAAGCAGCUCUUCUUCCUCAUCUUCCUUGUUGUCGUCAUCCUCCUCUGAUGAGGUUGAGAGCAUGGAGGAAAUAGAUGAUUCUGCCACAGAUAUCCAUCCAUCAGAGUCAUUAGGACGCACGGAAGAGAGAAUAUGGCCAGCAACAGACAUUGAGACAGGCAAGAAGUCAGAAGCAGUUCUGCUUCAAGGCCAUGUUGUUGAGGAGAAGCCUACUUUACCUCAGAAUGAUACUUUGCUAGUCCCAGCAAUAGAGGAGAAAGGUGUCUGGACAGCCCCAGAAGAGCGAAAACAACAAGAAGAACGACCUUCCUUGCCCAUUCCACUUCUGCCACCACCCAAGAAACGCCGGAAAACAGUGUCCUUCUCAGCUGGUGAGGAUGAAGGGACCUUGGAGAAGCCACUGGAAUUGGCACCUUUGGGUUUCCUAGCCCCACCGCCUCCACCUCCUCCUCCUGUCCCCACAGGGGACGCACAAUCUCUAUUAGUUCCUGUGGAACCCAUGCUACCACCCCAAGUGUCCUUAACCUCAGAUGCCCCAGUUCCAGUUACCUGCACCUUGCCUCCCACAGCCUCCCCGGUAAAGCUAGUGGCUCUUCCCAGCCACAGGCGGGAGCUGCCAAAAGCCAGUAAAAAGACAAUCAGCAACCUGCCAGCAGACCACGCUUCCCUUGUGAAAUGUUGGUCAGAGGAUAUGCCAACUGGUCGGUCCAGAAAUCGUUCUCGCUCACGAAUCUUAGAACAUUUGAGGGUACCACAACCCCCAGAGGAAGAUAGACUGCACGUGCGUGAGCAGAUGGGGGCUUCCUCAUUACUGGAGCUGGCCAAUCAGCCUGAUCUGGCUGUAUUGGCAGAUGUGGCUCUCAAGAUGCCUGCCAUUGCAAGUAGAGAAGAUUUGGAGACGACCUCGGAUGAAUCUCUGGAGCCAAAAUGUCUGCCACCUGUGUUAUCCCUUGAAGUCAGCAGCAUCUUCAUGGAGCAUAACUAUGCCAUGGCAGUGCAUGCAGCACCAGUAACUGUCUCCCAGAAACACAAUGAGGCAUCAAUGCUUGGUUCUGCUGACUUGUUGCAGAUGGAUGUAUAUAAUGAGCACAUUGGUGAGGUUCUGGAGGCUCCUGAGGAGAUAGUGCCAAAUGCCAAUGAAGUCAGAACUGAAUCUGAAGUGGGUAAUCUUGUUGCACUGGCACCUCCACCUCCCCAACCUCUUGAAAAGUCUAAGGUGCCUGCUGGCCCAGACCAGCAGCAGCCACAGACGACAAAAUUUCCACAUGGCCUAAAGGAGGAGGCCGUAAAGGAUCCAGGAGCAUUACCUUUUGGCCCAGAGAGUUUGUUCCCUUCUGAGAGUGAAGAGGAGGAAGAGGAUGACGAGAGCCUUGACAGCAGUGAUGAAGGGGAGAUUCGUAGGAGAUCUCUGCGCUCUCAUUCACACAAGCACACACCUGCCCAGCCCCCACUUCCACCCCCAGUCUUUGAGACACACAGUGAAUUUGAACAGAUGACAAUCUUGUAUGACAUCUGGAAUUCAGGGCUAGAUUUGGAGGACAUGAAAUACUUGAGGCUGAUGUACGAGCGCUUGCUGCAUGAGGACAAUAGCACAGACUGGCUGAAUGACACCCAUUGGGUCCAGCACACCAUUACAAACAUUGCAAAUCCCAAACGGAAGAGGAAAUUAUCUGACCUGCGGGAACAUCAAACAGGUUGUGCCCGUAGUGAGGGCUACUACCACAUCAGUAAGAAGGAGAAGGACAAAUACCUUGACAUGUGCCCAGUUACAGUGCAGCAGUUGGACACCACUGAUACCCAGGGCACCAACCGCAUCUUGUCAGAACGACGAUCUGAGCAAAGGCGUCUGCUGAGUGCCAUUGGCACCUCUGCUAUCCUCGAUAGUGACCUUCUGAAACUUAACCAGCUAAAGUUCCGGAAAAAGAAACUCCGGUUUGGACGGAGUCGAAUUCACGAAUGGGGCCUGUUUGCAAUGGAGCCAAUUGCUGCCGAUGAAAUGGUCAUUGAAUAUGUGGGGCAGAACAUCCGCCAGAUGGUGGCAGAUAUGCGUGAGAAGCGGUAUGCCCAGGAAGGUAUUGGGAGUAGCUAUCUUUUCCGUGUGGACCAUGACACAAUCAUCGAUGCUACCAAGUGUGGCAAUCUUGCCCGUUUCAUCAAUCAUUGCUGCACGCCCAACUGUUAUGCCAAAGUCAUCACGAUAGAGUCCCAGAAGAAGAUUGUUAUCUACUCCAAGCAGCCUAUCAGCAUCAAUGAGGAGAUUACAUAUGACUACAAGUUCCCAAUUGAAGAGAACAAGAUUCCCUGCUUAUGUGGCACAGAGAACUGUCGGGGGACCCUGAAUUGAAACAGAAGCCAGGCAUUCCUAUUUAUUUUGUUUGCUCACCCCAUUUUUCACCAGUAGU